CCGGUGGUCAGAUACAGACGUAAUAUUGUAAAGUUCUAUUUUUAAAAUUUGAAUUUAAAUAGUGUGUUCGAUCUACUGUGCUUAAACACCAUUAUGGAUCACAAGGAGUUUAGAGUGAAAGCCAAGGAGCUGGUAGACUUCAUGGCGGACUACUUGGAGAAUAUAAGAGACCACCGAGUCUACCCUGGUGUGCAGCCUGGGUAUCUCCACAAACGCCUGCCGACAGAGGCACCGCAGCAGCCUGAAAAUUGGGACGAUAUCUUCAAGGAUGUCCAGGAGCAUAUUAUGCCUGGGAUCGUACAUUGGCAGAGUCCCCACAUGCACGCCUAUUUCCCGGCGCUGACGUCAUAUCCUUCCAUCAUGGGAGAAAUGCUGUCCAGCACCCUCAACGUACUUUGCUUUACUUGGGCCUCAUCACCUGCUGGAACAGAACUGGAGACAAUAGCAAUGAACUGGCUAGGGAAAUUGCUGGGUCUACCUGACUGUUUCCUCAAUGAGAAGAAUGACAGCCCUGGAGGGGGAGUUAUACAGACUACUGCAAGCGAAGCAACCCUGGUCAGUCUUCUGGCUGCGAGAACCCGAGCUCUCAUGGAGCUGGCGAGUUUAAAUCCUGAGCUGCAGUCUUCUGAGCUGCUGGGGCAUCUUAUCUGCUACUGCUCAGACCAGGCUCAUUCUUCAGUGGAAAAGGCUGGCUUAAUUGGGCUGGUGCGUAUGCGGUACAUAGAGUCAGAUGAAAAGCAGUCCAUGAGAGGAGCUAAGCUCGAAGAAGCCAUUCUUAGUGACAAGGCGAAGGGUCUUGUGCCAUUUUGGGUGUGUGCAACCCUGGGUACCACGGGUUCAGUAGCAUUUGACAAUUUGCGUGAAAUUGGUGAGGUCUGCGAGCGCCAUUCCGCUUGGUUGCAUGUGGACGCUGCAUAUGCUGGGAGCGCCUUCGUCUGCCCUGAAUAUAGACAUUGGUUGGAUGGCAUCGAGCAAGCUGAUUCAUUUGCCUUUAACCCAUCUAAGUGGCUGAUGGUCAACUUCGAUUGCACCGCUAUGUGGGUGAGGGACAGCACAGCACUACACAGAACUUUUAACGUUAAUCCAAUUUACUUGAGACAUGAAAAUUCAGGAAAAGCCAUCGAUUAUAUGGUUGGAUCGCAGAAAGCAAACACACAACACCACAAUUUUAAAACCCAUGACAAUUCGAUCCAUGAAUUACAAGGUGAUGAAUUCUCGAAAGAUGAUGAACUCCAUGGUUAUAACAAAAUGGCGUCCGGUUGCAGCCAACAGAUACAAAUUGAGAACCCAAAUAAGAAAGAACUACUUCACUGGCAAAUACCACUGAGUCGUCGUUUCAGAGCCCUGAAACUGUGGUUUGUUCUGCGUAAUUAUGGUGUUAGUGGAAUUCAAAAACAUAUUCGCGAGAGUGUUCGCCUGGCUCAAAAGUUUGAAGCUCUAGUGCUGGCUGAUCAACGUUUUGAAAUCCCACAAGCCAGGAACUUAGGAAUGGUAGCUUUCCGCAUGAAAGGUGAUAACACACUGACAGAGCUACUCCUCAAGCGACUGAACGCCCGCGGCUACAUUCACGCUGUACCAGCCUGCUUUAAAGGAGUUUACGUCAUCCGAUUUACCGUUACCUCUCAGCGGACUACUAACCAAGAUAUUUUAGAUGACUGGAACGAAAUAAAAACAGUGGCAUCAGAGAUUUUAAUUGACGUCUUUGGAUCUGAAUGUGGCAACAUCGCUGUACCCAAGAAGCCUAGGAUUACCCUAAAAGACACCCGCGAACUUAACGCCACCUUUGGUACCAGCCUUCUUCUGGCUAAUUCCCCCAUGAGUCCAAAAAUCGUGAACGGCACACACGUGGCCAUAUGUGACUAUGAACAGGUGCUGUCAUCUUGUGCUCAGACUUUUGCCCAGCUGAAGAUGGAACCUAAGGAUAGCCCAGAGAUGCGCCGACGCAUCCGUGGUAUUCGUAUGGUUGGGAAGAAAUUCUCCUUGGACUCUUGCAUGGACAUGGUCCAGGGUCUGAUGAUGGAACAGUCUCUACCUCUUUGCGCUGAGGAGAGGGAGGAUGCUUCUAAUGGAUCAAGCCCAGGAGAAAAAUCUAUAUCAUCUUCCCCAGUAACAUCCAGCAACGCGAUUAAACAAGAUGCGGACACCAACCAACUUCACAUACCAGCGACACCAUCGCGACAGCUUCGUUCCCGAUCGGUUGACGCAUCUCUUUCUGAACUUAACUUCGACGACGCAAAAAUUACUAUCGACCUCAAAAAUAACGAAGUCACCAUCACACCUACAGAAAACAAGAAGUUCGAUGAAAAGGUACAUUUUAGUGCAGCUGAAGAGAAGCUUAAAAUUGGGAAUCCAGAUUUUGGAAACGUGCAAGAUGUGCAGGCAGGUUCGGAUGAAAAGCUUACUAUAAAAGGUCCAGGUGGUUACAUUAAGAAGCUGAUUCAACAAUUCAGUGAGAAUCAGUUUGAGGAUGCUAAACCUGAAUCUGAUCGAGCAAUUUCUAGCAUUAAGGACAGAGCCGACGCGAUUUGCAAAAAAUGUCUGCAUUACAAAGGUAGAAUCACCAAAUAAGAACAUGAAAAGAUGGUUGAUAUAUAUCGUUUCAUCAAAGCAGAUAAAACUGUUGUCGAUAGAGUUAAAAGAGAGCUGGCAAUAAUAUAUAAGUUUUCUUUGCUUUUAGUGAAGUUGGAAAACAUCUUCUUCAAUAGGAAGCUUAUUCUCUAUCUAAUUGUUAUACCUUAGCAUAGUAUCAGGCAUGUAAUGUAGCUUUUGUCUUCAAAUACACGGACGUUGUUAUAAGGUUUUUGCCUAAUAAAAGUACUUGCUUACGUCACGCAUAAUGUGGCCAAGUUACGGGCUAAAACUAAUAGGUCGUAUUAUAUAUUAAUAGUAAAUUUAAUAUCAUAAAAUGGGAUAGCACAUAUCGUUAUUAUUUUAAAGUAGAAAUUAUUUUUAUUUGCUUCUUUAGAGUUUAUUAGAAUAAUAAA